CAAUGAGCUUCUCUGGGAUCGCUUUCUUCUUGUGUGCGCGGAUCCAGAACGUAAGACUUUUGCUUUUCAUCGCAUGAGUUUCUAAAAUGAAAGUUCAGAAAAGUCAGACAAUCAUCGAUCAACUGACUUGCAUGAGAUCAAUCUGCUUCUAUGCCUUCAUGGUGUUAUUCCGCAAAAAAAAUUAUGUCUACUUACGAUGUGAAAACGCUACAAACUACAAAGACAAACAGUCACAAUACUAAGUGAAAGCUUUUUCGUUUUAGUCCUCAAGCAUUACGAAUAGUUCGUUGCUACAUCUUUCUAAAGAAUCUAAUGGCCUUGCGUUCUUCAGCGCUCUCUAGACGCUUAUCGCAGAUACGUCUUCCGCACUCCUUCCUAACUUGCUCGUCUUAGUCGGGUUUGGUAUCUUUUUUUGUCGUUUCGCAUCCGGAGAGCGCCAGCAGCAACACAGCGAGUCGUGUCUCGCAGAAAGCGGAAAGAGCCUAUCUUCAACUUGCGAAGCGGACGCGCCAAUCUUGCCAGUGCAUUUUCGUCUAAAUUUUACGACAAGCACCAGCAUUAGGAAGAUGAUUUCCUUCGGCCCUCAUCCUGUGCGGCAUAGUGCCGUUUUCUUCGAGACGGCACUCUCGUAUGGUUUAGUGAAUCUGAAGCCGAUUCUUCCCGGUCAUGUUCUCGUGAUACCCAAGCGCGUCGUUCCUAGAUUUGCUGACCUGGAGGAGAAAGAGGUUUCCGAUCUUUACCUCGCGGUGCACCGCAUUGGUAGUGUGGUGGAGAAGGAAUAUAAUGCAGCGGGGCUGAACAUCGCGCAGCAAGAUGGAGUUGCAGCCGGCCAGUCAGUGCCGCAUGUACAUGUGCACAUUUUACCAAGGUCAGCCGGUGGUGACUUCGAAAAGCCGGACCAGGUGCAUAAGGAAAUACAGAAUAGCAAGAUUGGCGAAGCACUCAAGAAAGCAGAAGCACCAGAUGGAGACGUGAAAGCAAACACAUCAAGUGAUAAGACAUCAAAGCCUGAAGAUCCUUUUGCUGAGGAAAGUAGAAAAGUACGGACGCAAGAAGAGAUGGCAGCAGAAGCAUCACGAUUGCGCAGCCUUCUACCAGAAGAGUGGCGACCGAAGUUCACCUGAAUUGGCACUGCCUUCCCUCUACCAAAACUAAGAGUCUGGUGGAUGUCUCCUGCAUAGCUGAUACGCGAAGAAAUAAAAGUAUAAAUAUCUUCUCUGUG